AUGCUUGUCCGGAUUCGGGCUGACCCUCUUGAAGGUUCAUGGUACACAGGUCCCGAACUAUUCAAACGAGCCGGAACAUGGUUCAUCUGCAACCCGCUCGGUACGAUGGUUAGUGGAUACCUUCAGGCAGCUGCUUAUACCAACCUUUCUGGUGUCGGUGGUAUGCCAGGGUGGAGGUGGCUGUUCAUUAUCGAUGGAAUCUUUACCAUCCCCGUGGCCUUGAUCGGCUUCUUUAUUUUCCCCGGUAUUCCUGGAUCACCCAGACCAUUCUACAUGACAGAUCGUGACGUUGUGUUGGCCAAGGAGAGAACUGUCAGGGCAAAGAUUCGCCAGCCUGGCAAGAUGAGUCUUGACGUCUUCAAGAGGACUUUGAAGAGAUGGCACAUCUGGGUCUUUAUCUCUUGCUACGCGUAA